UGCUAACUUACCCCAACUCAACCUCUCGACUUCGUUUCAACGAAGAUGUUCGCCAGGACCGCUCGACGCCAAUUGCAGUCGAGCACUGGUUUAUCAUGUAUAGCCCGUUCAUUUUCGAGCACGGCGCCGGUUAGGACCGAUUUCACUCAUGUCAUAAUCGGCGGCGGCGUCGUCGGCCUCGCCAUCGCCCGGUCCCUAGCCUCCUACCACGCCACCCACAACCCCAAUACCACAUCCUCCACCCUCCUCCUCGAAAGACAUCCCCACCUCGGCACCGAGACCUCCUCGCGCAACAGCGAGGUCAUCCACGGCGGUCUGUACUAUCCCCCGGACUCCCUGAAAACCCGUCUCUGCAUCGCCGGCCGCGAACAGCUCUACGACUUGUGUAACAAGUACUCCAUCCCCCACCGCAAAACGGGGAAAUGGAUCGUCGCGCAGGACGCGGCGCAAUUAGAGAGUCUGGAGAGGAUCCACGAGACGUGUAAAUCUACCCUCGGUGUCCCGACGAGAUUUUUAACCAAAACCGAAGCCCGAAACGCUGAACCCGAUGUCCGCGCCGAAGCAGGCGUGCUCGAAAGCCCAGAGACAGGAAUCGUAGAUUCGCACGCGCUAAUGACCGCUUUACGCGGGCUCUUCGAAGACGCAGGCGGUACCGUCGCCGUGAACUCCAGCGUAACAUCUAUCACCCCCCUCCCCACCUCCCCGUCCUCGCUCCCAGGGAGCAGCGGCUACGUCCUCACAGUGCAAGACACGACAACCGGCGAACCCAGCCGCAUCACAGCCUCCACCGUAAUCAACAGCGCCGGCCUGCACGCCUGCACAAUCCACAACCUCCUCGCCCCCGCAGCCCGCCACAUCACCCCCUUCUACGCCAAGGGGAACUACUUCGCCUACACAUCCCCCCGUCCCCGCGUCUCCCGGCUUAUAUACCCCGUUGUGACGCCCGGGUCAGGCGGUCUCGGCACACAUUUAACCCUCGACCUCGCCUCGCGGAUCCGUUUCGGUCCCGACGUCGAAUGGGUUGCCGACCCUACCUCCCUCUCCGUGACCGCGUCCCGACUCCCCGCUGCGGUGGCGGAGAUAAGGAAGUAUUUACCGGGUAUUGAGGUAGAUGCUCUGGCUCCUGAUUACGCGGGUAUACGGCCGAAGUUACGACGCGCGGGCGCGGAGGGGAAGGGGAAGGACGGGUUUGUGGAUUUUUACGUGAGGAGGGAGGAUGGGUUCGAGGGGUGGGUGAAUUUGUUGGGCAUUGAAAGUCCCGGGCUUACGAGCAGUUUGGCGAUUGGGGGGUUGGUUAGGGAGAUGCUGGUUGGGAGUAAGAGUGGGAGGGGGGUGGAUGAGGCGCCGGCGUUGUGAGGGAUGGGAUGAUAUUGGAUGGGAUGGUAUGGGAUAAUAGUGCUUGGUAGGGACUUGGGUUAGAUUACAGCAGAUGCCAAGUAGGUAUUGGGCUUGACGAUAUCUCUCUAGCCUUGUCUUGGCUCAUCCUACAAAUGACAAAUAACGAAAAUCACGAUUUCAACAUGGGUAUGUCGCGUGAGGCUAGGUGUGUAGGACAUCGCAAUGCGUGGCAUGCGAUGUAAUGCUCGCGAUGACACCGUACAAUCCACGUUAUGCAGGGAGCCAACCCCGGACUCGGGAUUAGGGGGGGAGCAUGGGAUUGGAAGAAUUUAGGAACGCGCAUCCCAUUCCAAAUCAACCCUACCAUCGAACGCGCACCAAUGACGCAAGAAAGAUCC